AUGACGGCACCAACGCGAUUGGCUGAGAUCCGCUUCUGGUUGGGCAAGAUCGGAUCACUCCCAAGCGAUCCCGCACAGGCACAUCCAAGCCUUGAAUCUUUGCAAACGACGUUGAUGGCUGUGCAUUUAAGCAGCGGCUCUGCUGAGCUCGGGGAUUUGGUUGUUGGCCAGAUGUGUCAGAAGCUGUUGGACAUCGUCCGAAAAUGCCUUGCCCCUCAUAGUACUUGUAUGUAUACCUAUAACUGGUCAUAUCACAAGACAGAGCUGGAGCUACAGCUUCAUGCAGUUCGCGCAUGCAUCGACUCAAGGUUGUCAUGGGGCAGUGAUCAAGCACCUCCAUCUGACACUUCUGAUCUUGAGCUUCAUCGCGCGCUGGAUCUGUUCCGGAACGAGUUCGCACCAGCCUCCGUGGGGCAAGAUGCGGCAAACAGACUGGGUCUGUUGCGACAGGAGAUGCAGGCUUUGCUUGAUUCUGUGGCGCAAGAUGCGGCAAGCAAAGUGGGUCUGCUACGACAGGAGAUGCAGACUUUGCGGAGCGAGUUCGCACCAGCCGCUGUUGUGCAAGAUGCAGCAAACAAGCUGGGUCUGUUGCAACAGGAGAUGCAGACUUUGCGGAGCGAGUUCGCGCCAGCCGCUGUUGUGCAGGAUGCAGCAAACGAACUUGGUCUGUUGCAACAGGAGAUGCAGACUUUACGGAGCGAGUUCGCACCAGCCGCUGCAGCAAACGAGCUGGGUCUUCUGCGACAGGAGAUGCAGGAUUUGCGAAAUGAGUUCGCUUCAUCCUCCAUGGAAAAAGAUGUGGUAGCCGAGGUCGGGUUGUUGCAGGAUUUGAAGGAAACCGUCACUCAGAUCUCCAUACGGGUCGACCAGCUGGAACAUUGGGACGGAAGGUGCCAUGGAAGCGAACAUCUGGCAGAGAACAUCAGCAGGAAUGCCAUCGAAGAGUCGGGGACAGACCGUGUCGCUGAGCUCAGGCAGAGAUGCCGCGAACAAGAUAUGGUCAAGAGUCUAGCUGAUAAAAUUGAGGCACAGCAGCAAAACAUGCUUGACAGCCUUCGGAGGGAGCGAUCGGGUCUGAUUCAACAGCUCGCCAAUAGACUGGACCGCGCAGGGAGCACGUUGAGUCUACAAAGCUGCACACUUCAUCAGGGCUGGGCAGACGGGCAAUGUAAACCUUCGACGGCUGGCCCUGCAGCACGCGGCAGCGACAGUGGCAGCGAGGCAUCCUGGGUUUGUCUUAGUCGUGGUGGCUCGGAUACGCAGGGCAGCAGCAGUGUCAGAAGCGGAAUCUCCGUGGAAACUGCGGGUUGUAACUGCUUCAUGCACGAUGCCGCCUUUAAGUCCGAGACUGGUGCCUUGGUACCCGGGAGUGCCUUGCACAAGGGCUCAAGAGUUCUCGCCGCAGACGGUUCCGUCGUGCAGGCGAACGACCCUGAGGAUCAUGAGGCUAAGGCCACAGUGCUACUGAAAACCGGUGCUGCUGAGCUGGAGGUCACCACUAAGUCAGAGUUGCAGUUAGAAUCUACAUUCCUGAGUUUGCUGACUGGUGCCGAGGUUCGAGCCAAAGAUCUUCGCGUUGGGGACGAAGUCCUGGUCGGCGGUCUUGGGCCUGCGAGGCUUCAGUAUGCGGACGUCAAACUCGAGCCUGUGAUGGUGCGAAAGAUCGUUUUCCAGCCAGACUUGCCUGUGGAGGUCCUGAAGCUCUCGAUUUUGAGCCACGGGGACAAACAAAGCAAAAGGACUCGGCGUGGUGGGCAGAACCGCAGACGGAGCGACCGUCAGGACAACUGCACGAUUCCGGACACGGAGGGCUACCUGACAGACUGA